AUGGCUAAUCUACUCAUCGACGAAGACGUUGCUGAUCACCGCGUCAAGGCUGACUUCUUCGCCGAUGGGGGUGGCAACCAUGCCGAGGUUGUCGAUGAGCUCCUCGAAGUAUUCCCGCACCUCGCCUUGAGGGAAGACCGGAUGCAGGGUGAUGAUGGAAGUGGGGGUCAUACUCCCAAGGACUUCAACGAGUGUGUUAGCCAAGAACAGCUAGAUGAUGCCAAGAGAGAGAUGCACGAGGUCGUCACCAAGGCAGUCACCGAGGUGAUCAUAGGCCUCAAGCUUGGUGAAAUCAUUGAGAGGGUUGACAGGCGGAUAUCCACGCUUACUGACAGGAUCGAUGUGCUGGAGGCUCGUCAACAGAACAAUCAAGAUGAGGACAUGGUGUAUGAUGACAAUGGUAAUAUAGAUGAAGCGGCCACACGGGAAGCACGGCUACGCCAUCGUCUUCGCCGCAAUACACAAGGUAUGGGUGGUAUUCACAACCACAACCACAACCACCAUCAAGGUAAUCAGAAUAGUGUACCAGAUGAUCCUUAUGCUAAGGUUAAGUUUACCAUACCUUCCUUUUCGGGAUAUUAUGAUGUUGAGGGGUACCUUGAUUGGGAGAUGACAGUAGAGCAGAAAUUUAGUGCACACCUUGUACCUGAGCAACAUAGAGUUAGACAAGCAACUAGUGAGUUUAAAGAUUUUGCUAUCGUUUGGUGGACCGGUCUAAUUGCUGAGGAUGCUGCACCUACUACUUGGAAUGAUCUUAAGUCUGCUAUGCGUGAUAGAUUUGUUCCCCCAUCUUACCAUAGAGAUUUGCGUAAGAAAUUGAUGCACUUAGAACAGGGAGAUAAAACCGUGCAGGAUUAUUAUGGUGAGCUUCAAAAGGGUUUGAUGCGUUGUGCCAUAGUUGAGGGAACUGAGGAUGCUAUAUGUAGAUUUUACUCGGGUUUGAGGCGUGACAUUCAGGACAUUGUUGAUUACAAAGAAUUUCACACUGUCAACCAGUUGUUUCAGUUUGCCAUGCUUGCAGAGAAGGAGUUGCAGGGACGUGAUUUGCAGAGCAGGAGCAAGGCCACCUACACCCCACACUCGGCGCCAUCUUCGGGGCUGACCAAGCCUUCCUCUUUUCGAUUGCCCCCACCUGCGAGCAACAAGCGACCAGCAGCUUCGGAAGCUGCCACAAUGCCAAAACCAUCUCCUGCGCGAACUUCAGACUCAGGUAAAAAGCUUUUGCAGGAGCCAGCCAAGAGUUCGUCCUCCGUGGCCUCGAUGGGAGGCACGACCGUUCAGUGCCACCGCUGCCAUGGAUUUGGACAUGUGCGGAAGGAUUGCCCAAGUCAGCGGGCAUACAUUGCUACAGAAGAUAGCUACAUUAGUGCCUCCAACAUUGAAGAUGAAGAAGAAGAAGAAGCAGAAGAGGCUGCGGAGGGCGGCCAUGUUCUGGGUAGCGAGAACACAGCAGCCUUCAGGAGCAUCAUUGUGAAACGAGUGCUCAGCGUACAGGCACAACAACCAGAGAAGCUCAACGCCAUAAUUUGUUCCAGAUUUUCUUCGUCAUCAACAAUCGGCGAGCGCGUGUCAUCAUUGAUGGAGCAAGUUGCUAAUUCUGUUUACCCACUUAAAAAUGAUAAGUCUGCACCUAGUUCCAAGACUGAUGGGAUUAAAUUGAAGGGUGGAGUUUUACUUGCUAGAAAAUGCGACCUUGCUGAAAUUUCUGAUGAUGAUGAGUUUGAGGACAUUUUUCCAGCUGAGAUACCUCCCGGACUGCCACCUAUGAGGGGAAUUGAGCAUCAGAUCGACUUGAUUCCGGGAGCGACUUUGCCUAACCGAGCUGCUUAUCGAACCAACCCCGACGAGACUAAGGAAAUUCAGCGCCAAGUCCAAGAGCUUUUGGACCGCGGGUAUGGAAUUGAGGUGGAUGAGACUAAAAUUGAAGCCAUAAAGAGCUGGCCGGUUCCCCAGACCAUCACACAGGUGAGGAGUUUUCUUGGUCUUGCAGGAUUUUAUCGCCACUUUGUCAAAGAUUUCAGCACCAUUGCUGCGCCGCUGCACGAGUUGACAAAGAAGGGUGUGGUGUUCCGUUGGGGAAAGGCACAUGAGGAGUCCUUUUGCACUUUGAAGGACAAGCUUACACAUGCUCCUUUGUUGCAACUUCCAAAUUUCGGUAAGACUUUUGAGCUUGAAUGCGAUGCUAGUGGAGUUGGCAUUGGAGGUGUCUUGAUGCAAGAAGGAAGCACAUAG